CGGCGACCACUGCACCGCUUGGCAGAGUCGAAUCUGCUUCCGCCACGACCGUCAUGACCUCCCUGAUCAACACCGUUCGUUCGAAAUUCCUCAACGCGAUUAGGUCUGUGAAUCCGCCGGGGCGAUGGAAGAUCCUCGUCGUGGACGAGCACUCCCAGCAGCUGCUCGGCUCGGUGCUCAAGCAAUUUGACGUUCUGGAAGAGAAUGUCACGCUGAUUGAGUCGAUCACGAACUACCGCGAACCGCAGCCGGGCUUCGAGGCGAUGUACCUCCUGAUGUCGACGACGGAGAACGUCGAACGCAUCAUCAGGGAUUUCUCCGACGGCCGCCAGCAGUACGCGGGUGCACACCUGUUCUUCAUCGAUGGGCUCAGUGAACACCUAUUCGAACGUUUGACGUCGUCCUCAGCUGAGCCGCAUCUCAAAACACUGCUGGAACUCUUCAUCAACUUCUGGGCUUUGGAGGCGCAGGCAUUCUCCCUCAAACUGCCCGGAUCCUUCUUCAACAUGUACAGUCCGCCCCGAAGCGAUUCUGCCUUUCCCUUGGCACGCGCUCGUCUCGAGGAGGAGCUUCGGUUCGCCAGCAAGAUGAUCGCGAACGUCUGCAUCACGCUCAAUGAAUUUCCAUACAUCCGCUACUAUCUCCCCACGAGCCACCCGCCCCUAGGCGCAUUCAAGCCACACGCGUCGACACGGGCCCCUCCGCCGCCCGAGAACAGCGGCCGCUGGCGAACACAGCUCGCGCGCGGUGCAGAUGCACGCGCAUACGAGAGUGCGGAUACGGACUUUGUGGCCAAGGUGCUGGCGUUCAUGGUGCAGAGCGACCUGGAUGAUUACAAGAAGACCAACCCCGACUUUGGUAAAACCGCUGACGCACAACGACCACGUUCGACGAUGAUCAUCACGGAUCGUUCCAUGGAUACUAUCGCCCCCUUUGUACACGAGUUCACAUAUCAAGCUAUGGCUAAUGACCUGCUCCCGAUCGACGAUGGCACACGAUAUACGUACAAGUUCCAGGCAGCGCAGGGAGCUUUCGAGAACAAGACCGCAAUUCUCUCCGACGCGGACAAUGUUUGGACGGAGCUGCGACAUAUGCAUAUGCGCGAGGCCAUUGACAAGCUGAUGGCGGACUUCAACCAAUUCAUGCAGGACAAUGCUGGCUUCAAGGGAGAAGGAGCAGCGAACCUGAACGACAUGAAGGACAUGCUUGCCAACCUACCGCAAUACCAAGAGCAGCGAGAGAAGUUUUCAUUACAUCUGAACAUGGCACAAGAAUGUAUGGCCAUCUUCGAGCGUGAUAAGCUUCCAGAUGUUGCCACGGUCGAGCAGAACUGCGCUACCGGACUGACCGCAGAAGGCAAGACGCCGAAGACCCUCGUGGAGCAGAUGGUGCCUUUGCUGGACAGCCGAGACGUUGUAAACAUGAGCAAGGUCCGCAUCAUCGCCCUGUACAUUCAGUACCGUGACGGCGUCCCCGACGAAGACAGGAGGAGAUUGUACCAGCAUGCGCGGCUCACCGUUGCGGAGCAGGACGCCGUGAAUGCAUUGGUGUACUUUGGUGUCCGCAUCAGCAGGGGGCCGGGUGAUAAGGAUACGAAGAAGAAGAUCAAGCAGAAGUCGAGCAACGAAGAGGAGUACGAGCUGUCCCGUUUCAAACCUCUACUGCACAGCGUCCUCGACGAUCAUGUCAACAACCGACUGGACCCAACGCUCUUCCCUUACGUCAAAGACUUUCCCUCCCUUAAUGCGGCACCGAGCCUACGUUCAGCACCAUCAGUACAGCCCGCGACAUCUCUCCGGAGCGCAAAGCCUAGCUGGCAUCGACCCAAAGCAGGCGGAGCCCGUGAAGGAGUCAAGCAGCGUGUGUUCGUGUUCGUCGCGGGCGGUAUGACAUAUUCCGAGAUGCGAGAGGCGUAUCUGCUGUCGAAAUCAUUGAAUAGAGAUAUCAUCGUCGGUUCGACGCAUGCCGUCACACCGGCGCAGUUCGUCGACGACCUGAAGGUGCUCGAGCUGGAGGGCAUUGGCUCACGCGCGCUCCCCAACGGACUGAGUGAAAGCAAGGGCCAACGACCGCUGCAGGACUUCUAUGACGAGAAGUACUUCACACGGGAUGCGCCACCGCCCCAGCGCGCACCGGAACCCGUAGCGAAGACUCGUUCCGAGCACGGACGGUUGCACAAGCCGUCGAUCAAUUCGGUCGCGGGCUCCAUCGCUUCGUCGCACAGCACUGGCGGCAAGAGCGAGAAGGAGGAGAAGAAGAAGAAGAGGGGCCUGUUCCAUUUCUGAGUGUGUUGCGUUUGAACGGAGCGGAGCGGACAGUGCUAUCUAUUAUCAUACGAUCGCGAGUAAUGUAAUGAUUGUCCGUACGUUGGAU